UCCGCCACUUGCGAGGCAGCCUCGCUCCAGCGGCGGACAGCCACCCGCUCGUCUCCACCGGCUGCCUUUUGUUCGCUCUGUCCCGGGAGAAAAGCACCGCCGCCGCGUCCACGUAAAGCGCACACUGGCUGGAAAAUGAUCAUCUGUGCGAAUAAGAUGGAGUACCCGCUCAGAAGCCAAUGCAAGGCCAUGGUGAACAGCGAGAAGGAGCGAGUGUCGCUGCUCUUGGUGAAGGCACUGAUGGGCCGAGGCAGCGUGGACGCCGUCUCCCAGCAGAUGGCCUCUCACCCCCAGUACUUGGAGAGUUUCCUGCGCGCGCAGCACUACAUCCUGCACAUGGACGGCCCCCUGCCGCUGCCGUGCCGCCAUUACAUCGCCAUCAUGGCGGCCGCGCGACAUCACUGCAACUACCUGGUGUACCUGCACUCGGCCCAGUUCCUGAGGCUGGGCGGGGACCCCGUGUGGCUGCAGGGCUUGGAGGCGGCGCCCCCACGCCUCCGCCUUCUGGACCACAUCAACAAAGUCCUGGCCCACCAGCCCUGGCUCACCGCCUGCUCCCACAUCAAGACGCUGCUCAAGUCGGGCGAGCAGUGCUGGUCGCUGGCAGAGCUGGUGCAGGCGGUGGUCAUCCUGGCCCACUGCCACUCGCUAUGCAGCUUUGUCUUUGGCUGCAACACCGACUCCGACUUGGCGCCCCUCAGCAAAUCUCCCAACGGUACACCGCCCACCUUCUGCCCGUUUGACGCUGCUAACGGCAACCCCAACGUGCCUCAGUCGGAGCGCAUAACACGACGACGGUCUGUGGACUCCAGCGGGGAUGUGGUGUGUCUGAAGUCCAGGCUUCACAGGUCCCAAGAGGAGCGAGACAAGAUGCACACACUCCAGCAAAGUGACGUGGAAGAAGAAGAGGAGACAAUCUACUUGGCUGACCCCUCACGCUUCAUCACAGAUCCUGAUUUCUAUUACCAGGAGUUCACCCGCAGGGACGACGACCACUUCCAAGUAUUUCGAGUUCAGGACUACUCCUGGGAGGACCACGGCUUCUCCUUAGUCAACAGACUGUACUCGGACAUCGGCCACCUGCUGGAUGACAGGUUCAGAAGUGUCACCGCCCUCUCGUCACAGCACAGCCCCGACCUGAAGAGAGCCAUCUGGAACUACAUCCAUUGUGUGCUGGGAAUACGGUAUGACGACUACGACUACGGUGAAGUCAACCAGCUGCUGCAGAGGGACUUGAAGCCCUACAUCAAGGCAGUGGCCUGCUUCCCAGACCCCACCAAGACCCCUGCCUGUCCACUCAGCUGGGCCCCACUUAAACCUUCAGAGCGGAUCCACGUCAACCUGCUGGUCAUGGAGGCGCGCCUGCAGGCGGAGCUGCUGUACGCCCUGAGAGCCAUCACCCAGUACAUGAUCGCCUGACACCACCCAGUCCCAGUACAUGAUCGCCUGACAUCACCCAGUACAUGAUCGCCUGACCACUCUGCUCAUGUCUGCCCCUAGUGGUUAUUGCUGCACACCACAUCCUGCUGACUUUCUUGUAAGAGUACUUUUCUUUUUUUAAGUAACAUUUCUCAUGUUUGUCCUUGGUGAUAUUUAUACCCGGCGUGCCACACACACACACACACACACACACACACACGCACACGUACACACACGUACACACACACACAUGAGCGUAGUGUCAGUACUUGACGGACACGUGCAAUGAACUCUUGUUGGUACGAGCUUGCAUGAACUUCUUGGACGCCAUGAAUGUUCUCCAGAGGACAAUCCUCGUCAGUGUUGUCGUACUUUGAAGGACCCUUUUGGAUCUCCUGGUUUAAGAAAAAAAAAAAAAAAAAAAAUCACCUUAAUUUCUUUUAAAUAAGCACUUUUUAAAAAAUGUUGUCUAUAUUUAUAUGAUGCAAGGAAGUUUGUGAGUAGACUUUUUCAGUGUGUGCGUGUCGCCUUUUUUUAUUUUACUUUUUAGGAUGUGGUCUUCAACUCUGAAUGUCCCGACUGAAAAGCGAGAAAAGAAUGUAUCGAGGCGGGGGCGUCCAAACUUUUUUUUUUUUUUAGAGAAAGCGAAAGGAUGCACUUAGAUACUUUGUGUGCGUGCAAGAAUCCAAACUAGGUCAAAAUAUGCUAAUUAAGCUACCGGAACAAAACAUCGUAGCUUUCUUUUCACUCAUGUGCUAUCUAAUAAUAUAUGUAUUAAUGCGGUCAUCACUUUCAUUUUCACUUCGGACAAUGCAGCUGAGCCAUGGACAAGAUGCUUGUCUUCUUCGUUGUCAUGACGACUGAUCAAAUCGGACUUCCGGAAGUGCUCUCAAAUUGGCGAGUUGACGCGGAUCGCUUGUAUCAAAGUUGUCAAAAAAGCAGAACUCUGUGCAAACUUUGUUAUUUUUACCUUUUGUUAUUAUCAAAUGGACUCUUUUUGUACACUUGUUAACGAAGACGUGCGGGGGGGAACGACGUUGAAGCGGAAGUGCAUAUCUACAAAGUAAAAGCGUUGAAACACGGGGUGCCUUCAGAAUAAAACUGGAGUGCUGCUGAUGGCUUAGUUUGCGUGGGAGCCUUUUGACACGGGUGGAUGUUGCAACAAGUCAACAUUCGCUGGCUGAAGAAGAAACACACGAGUGGGCAAAUUGUAAAAUCAUCCUACACGAGAAGACGUGGAAAGACAAAAAAAAAGUACAAUUUUUUUGGAAAAUGUCAUGUUUUGUAUAAAGAUGCUUUAUGACAAUAAGUCUUGUGUGGUGUUUUUCUUUGUUUGCUGAAGAGUUUUGUGUACCUCCACCUGGCAAAUAGAAGACAGGAAAUGGAAAUGUUUCAUGUGGGAGACUUGACUGCACUCUUUUUGAAAUCACUUAAGUCAUUAUGACCUUUGUAUCGACUUGUUUUUGUCACAAAAUGUUGUUCAACUAUUAAUCGCAAUUGACUCUACAUUUUGUUUUAAUACUUUUAUCGCUAAAAGUAAACUUAUCCACAUUUCUAAACUUUUUUUUUUAAAUAUUUUAUUUGUAAUAUGUAUCUGACAUUAUUUUACAUGAAUAUAAUUUUAACAUUCUGUAUUUAAAAUAAAUAUGCCCAGUAUUAUCUACUGUCAAA